CCCAAACAAUGGGUGCGGUGGAAAAAAUGACUGCAAGCUGGACACAGCCCUCAGGUGUUUUCUGUGUCCAUGAUACCUAACAUUAGUCCGUUAGUGUAAAAAUAUACUAACAACAAGCACACAGCCAAGAUAAAAAGGAAAAUCAGUCUUUAACCUUUUCCCUACUGACAAACCAACAACUCCAACAAAAAAUACCAGUAAAAACACAACAUCAUUGUCAAACAUGAGGUCAACGCCUCCAGAACAAUAACAGUCACCUUUCACCUAGUACUUACAUACAAUAGGCAGUCACAACCAUGUGUCAAUGUUCAACCAUGCAUAAACAUUAGUAAGACUAACAAUUAUCAACCAACUUACUCAAAACAUCAUUUAUUUCAUUGGAAAGACAAAAAGUUCCACCACACUUUUACACUUAUUUCCUCAUCUUAAACUGUCUUAAAGAUGAAAAAUCACCAAGGCAUGAAAAGGCUGUGAGGGAAACUAGAUUUUGACUUUAAGUUCAAUGACCUUAAACCUGAGACAUAUGCCUGUGUAACAAGAGCAUUGACGUUGCAUGAACAAACUGGCUGGUGUGAUGAAGUGUGUAAACACCAUGCCAGGCAGCGUCAGGACUUUUACUGAUAAGAUGCAAGGAUAAACAGAAAGGAAAAAAAAAUAAAGUUUAACGAAUUCAAAGUUCAACGGCCUUUCCCUGAGUUAAUGCACCUAUAUAUCUGGGACAAUAGCUUUAAUUACGCAUGAACAAACAGGUGCGAUGAUGUGUGUAACAUGGUGGUAGGCAGUGCCAGGACUUUAUGGGUUACACACAAUAAACUACUAUUAAUCUCAUUAUUUUUUAGUGUUAAGGCCAGGAUUCAUUCAUCCAUCCCACAACAGAAAUUUUCUUGUUGGGACAGAAAAAAAUCUCACCUUGUCUGCCCAAAAAAUCUUAACUUCAUGACAUAAAACUGAUGUCAAAUAUAUUUUCUAGGCUUAAAUGACAGGUUUAACCAAGCAAAUCAAUAACAUGGGCUCUUUGACAAUGUUUUUGUAAUUCAAAAAAAUUGGACUAAAAUUUGCAUAUUUUCCAGAAUUUAAUUUGCAAACCAAGGUACAAAUUUCAUGAAAUGUUAUCUUUUAAACCCCUGAAAUCAAUAAAUUAAAUUGGUGUGGCCAUAAGUCAAGAAACCCAAUACCCAGGGUGAAGGCAAAGUAGUCGAAAACAUUCCAUUGUUGUCCUGGGGGCUGGGUACUUUGCCAGGUGACCUUUGACCUCUAGGAACAGGACAAACAGGAGAGUUUCAACAUGGCCGCCAGACGUGAGUCCCAGUCUGGCUCCUGGCAGUUUAUCCAAGAAGAACUGUCCUGUGGGAUCUGUCAUGAGCUGCUCACACGGCCUAAAGUAGUGCCCUGUAAAGGUAAACACUCCUUCUGCCAGCACUGUCUGGAGAAAUGGGCGACCACACAGCAGCCCUUCAGGUGCCCAACCUGCCGACAGCCUGCCAACCUUCCCGCCAAGGGCGUGCCGAGUUUACCGGACUGCGACCGGCGCAUCGUCAACCUUUGUGACCAGCUUCGCAACCAGGGAGUUUCAGAGUUAAACUAUUGUUGUAGUGUUCAUGAUGAUGAGGAGUUUAGGGUCUUCUGUAAGCAGUGUAAAGUGCCUGUCUGUGAGACUUGUUUGGAAGAAGCUCACGACGGGCACCCGACCACAACGCUGAGGAGAGCCUCGCAAGAAAGGACCCCCACUGUCCAAGCAUUGCUCGACGAAGGGAAGGACAUUUUGGAAACUUACGGCAGUUUCGUCCAAGGUUUUGGGGCAACAGAAAAACUUCUGACCGAACAAAAACAUGAGACCGAGACUAACAUUUUCGCAGCCUUCGAUCGGACAAUUCAGAACCUUACAAAAGCAAAAGAGGGCCUGAUGUCACAAGUGGACUCCAUGCACAAGCAGAAUCUGGAUGACAUACAAGACCAGAAGGCUGGGGUUCUUGCCAAGGUGGCUGAGCUGUCCAGAGUUUGUGAGAAUGCCUAUCAAGAGAUCAGGCAAGGUGGAAGCAACCUAUUCCAACAUGAGGCUCUACUCCUUAGCACGGUUGGGAAAUACAAGGACAGACUUUCGGGUAUGCCGAAACAACCACAGGUUGCUGUCUUUAGUCCUGCCGACGAUCACAAUAUUGACGUCACGUCCACAAAAGGAUACAUCUUUGCACAGUCUUUCGCCAUCCCGUCGUUCGCGAUCCCAGAACCACCUGUAAGAAUCGACGCAGAGGUCGCAGGUGAUCACCAUGGUUACGAGUGCGAGCAUCCGUGCAUGGCCGUAACAUUUGGCGGAAAGGGAGCGGAAGAGGGGAAGUUCGACAGACCGCGUGGCGUUGCGGUGUCAGAGGAAGGGCAGAUCUUUGUGGCAGAUUACAUCAACGCUCGCAUCCAAGCCUUUACAAUAGAUGGGAUGUUUGUCAACAAGUUUCCAACGACAACGUCAGGAGGACAGAAGAUUUUCCCGUACGAUGUGGCCAUGGACGGGGAGGGGAACCUGUGGGUGGUGGGGCACACCGAGAGUCAGACGGACUACUGUGCUGUACAGUUCAGCAAAGACCAUGGCAGAGUACUGAAAGAAAUCAGCCUGGCACACACAGGGCUGAUCCGUGGCAUCGCCGUCCACCCCACAACCAACCACAUCCUCAUCACACAGACCAGCAGCGACCUCUGGCAGUUUGAGGGAGAACUGCAGGUCUACACACCAGACGGGGCACUCCUGAGAACUGUGGGUCGGCAGCAGGGAAUGGAGUACCCACAGUACGCCAGUGUCGACCGCGAAGGGAACGUUCUAGUGUCAGACUUCAAGGACCACUACGUCUACAAGUACAACGAGCGUGAACAGCUGUUGGUCAAGUUCGGCGGGGAGGGCAAGGGUCAAGGUCAGCUGAGUAACCCCUGCGGUGUCUGUUCAGACGAUUCGGGGAAUAUCAUCGUGGCGGACAGCGGUAACGGGCGCGUGGAGAUGUUCGACAAGAGGGGUGUGUUUGUUAGGCAUGUUGCCAUGGGGAUGACCAGGCCGUGCGCUGUUGCCAUGGCAACAGCGGGGCAGCUGGUUGUGACAGACACAGAGGAUAAUACGGUCUCUGUUAUACAGGACGUGCAACAUGAAAACUGAUACUGCCAUUAACAAACUCUACAUUUUGUAUAUAAAAAGGGGACUUCUCAGUCACUGAUG